CAUGGGGAGAGACUGAUAAUAGUAAGAGAUUUGAACAGAUUCCGUAAAUCUCCUCAUUUCAAACUCGAAUGGAGGUUCCUGGUGGGAGUAGCUGUGGUGUAUCCUUGUCGAUUUAUUCUAUCACCGCCGUUAUGCUGCUCUCAUGUGUCCUGUGCAGUGCGCACGGGAUUGGUGGGAAUGAGACUGAUCGACUCGCUCUAUUGGAAUUCAGGGCCAACAUGGUCGACUCACUCGGGGUCAUGAGAUCGUGGAAUAGCAGCAUCCAUUUUUGCCAGUGGGACGGAAUUACUUGUGGUCGAAGACACCAAAGGGUCACGGCCUUGAACUUGUCAUCCCAAAACCUUUUGGGGGUAAUAUCCCCGCAUAUCGGGAACCUAAGCUUCCUGAGGACGCUCGAUCUCCAGAGGAACAGCCUCCUUUCGAGAAUUCCUCCAGAAGUUGGCCGUUUGUCAAGACUCCAGCAUUUACUGCUUAAUAACAACUCGCUCAGAGGAGAAAUUCCUCCAAGCCUGUCCAACUGUUCGAGUCUAGUGAGAAUCGGACUCGGAGGCAACAUGCUCACAGGAGAAGUGCCCGAAAAGCUAGACUCCCUCUCCAACCUCAAGCGACUUUGGCUGCAGUUCAACAAUUUAACUGGAGGUAUCCCACUUUCCUUUGGAAAUUUAACUUCUCUUUUGGAUUUCCGGUUAAAUAGAAAUAACUUCGCUGGAAGGAUUCCAGACAAGAUAGGAAACCUUCAAAACAUGCAAAUUCUUUUCCUUGGCCGGAAUAAUUUCGUCGGGACCAUUCCCUCGUCCUUCUUCAACAGUUCUUCUGUCGAAAUCCUUGAUGUAACGGGAAACCAGCUGGAGGGCGUCUUACCAUGGGACUUGGGGUUCACUCUUCCAAAUCUUGCUAUACUUUGCCUGAGCAGCAACCAUUUCACUGGACCCAUCCCCCAAUCAAUAUCGAAUCUGUCCAAUCUGCGUGUCUUCCAAAUCCCUAUGAAUAAUUUCAUUGGUGAUGUUCCGUCUUUCAAAGAGAUGUCCAGACUCGUCUCAUUCGAAAUUGGCUAUAACCAUCUGGGAGGCAGGCAGGUUGAUGACCCGAACUUCCUCUGUUCACUAACAAAUUCCACGAGGCUAGAGGGAUUGUUUAUACAAAACAAUAGUUUCAGGGGCAUAAUACCCAAUUGCCUGGGUAAUUUACCGGUCACUCUCAAUUCACUUGGAUUGAGCUCCAAUGCUUUGUAUGGAAGCUUGCCAGGUAGCAUCGGGAAUCUGAUCAAUCUAGAAAGGUUGCUAUUGGAUGACAACUCCAUUUCAGGAAUCAUUCCUUCUGAAAUUGGAAAUCUCAGAGACUUGAAACAGCUGAGACUCGACGGAAACAAAUUCUCUGGACAGAUUCCCCAAUCCCUCGGGAAUUUAUUGAUGCUAACUGAACUGUCUAUGCGGAAUAACAGUCUCCGGGGCUCAAUACCUUCAUCAAUAAGUAACUGCAAGAGCCUAGAGCUAUUGGAUGUUGCAAGUAACAAACUCAGCGGUACCAUACCCCCAGUUAUUAUGAGUCUCCCAGCUCUGACGAUCUAUGCUGACUUCUCUCAAAAUAACUUUGGUGGUACUAUUCCGACAGAAGUGGGAAAUCUGAAGAAUCUUGGGUCAUUGCAACUCUCCAGCAAUAAUUUUUCCGGGGAAAUCCCAAGUAGUCUUGGCAGUUGCGUAAUGUUGGAGUAUCUAUACCUGCAAGACAACAUGUUGGAAGGUUCCAUUCCUUCCUAUUUGAAUUCCUUGAAGGGUAUUCGGCUGUUUAACUUUUCUAACAACAGGUUAUCGGGCCAAAUCCCGAAGUUCUUGGAGAACCUACCUUUGGAGAGUUUGGACCUGUCAUUCAAUGAGUUCGAGGGUGCUCUACCAGAAGGAGGAAUCUUUAAGAAUGCCAGCGCGGUCUCAGUCGGUGGAAAUGAGAAGCUCUGUGGGGGUCUGCCAGAAUUCAAACUUCCAAAGUGCAAUAUCAGAGAGACCAAGAAGACAGGAAUAACUGAUAAAGUUCGAAUUAUUGUGUCCUCAGUGUCAGGGCUCCUGGGAAUAGCUCUGGCGGUGUUGUUGCUAUAUGUUUUCUGGUUUAGAAAGGAGAGGAAGGCGGUUGAUUCGAACUGCACUGACAACGAUCUUUGGAAGGUUUCUUACCAGGGCCUAUUGAAAGCAACGGAUGGUUUCUCCUCUGCUAAUUUGAUCGGUGAAGGUAGUUUUGGAUCUGUAUUCAGAGGGGUUCUCGAUAAGAGCCAGACCACUGUAGCCAUCAAGGUUCUUAACCUCACCCGUCAUGGAGCAUCUAAGAGCUUUAUGGCAGAGUGCGAGGCACUGAGGAACACCAGGCAUCGGAAUCUUGUCAAGGUACUCACUGCAUGUUCUGGCACAGAUUACCAAGGGAAUGAUUUCAAGGCUCUUGUGUAUCAGUUCAUGGUCAAUGGAAGCUUAGAUGAAUGGUUGCAUCCGGUGGCAACCACCAGCGAGGCGAUGGAAGGGUCACCGCGACAUUUAGGUAUUCUCCAGAGACUGAAUAUUGCGGUUGAUGUUGGUUGCGCUUUAGAUUAUCUCCAUCAUGGUGGGGAGAUUCCAAUAGUCCACUGUGAUCUAAAGCCAAGCAAUGUUCUCCUCGAUGAUGAGAUGGUUGCACAUGUAGGUGACUUCGGGUUGGUCAGGUUCCUGCCAGAAGUCACCGCCGAGUUAAUUGCUGCACAAUCAAGCUCGAUGGGGGUCAAAGGUUCUUUAGGCUACAUUGCUCCAGAAUAUGGAGCAGGAGGACAGAUCUCAACGUAUGGAGAUGUGUACAGCUACGGAAUCCUCAUAUUGGAGAUGUUUACAGGAAAGAGGCCCACCAAUGAGAUGUUCAGAGAUGGGCUGAGCCUGCGUUACUUUGUGAUGGCAUCUUUGCCAGAACAAGUUUUGCAAGUUGUCGAUCCUGUUCUGCUUCCAGAGUGCACAGAGCCGGAACAAAGCCACAACAGCUUGAGAACUGGAAAGAGGAGCGGCAACAGGCUCCUCAAGAUUAGGGAAUGUUUGGUUUCACUCAUGGAGAUGGGAGUUGCCUGCUCUUCUGAAUCACCUAGAGACAGGAUGACCAUCACUGAUGUUGCUGCUGCUCUCCAGGUGAUCAGGAAGAAGCUUGUUGGGGUUGAUGCUAAUAGGUCAAAGGAGAAAGAACAAGAAUAAAAGACUGUGUCAGGCAAUGUGGGUAUGUUUAUUUCAGAGAGUUACAUGUUCAGAAUUGUUUGGUCCAUAUGCAACUGAGCAUUCAUAAUUCGUGCGAACAGUCCAAACAUACUGCAGUCUCUCUCACGUUUCGAUUUACUGUUAGUGCUGCAGCUGAUGAAAAACACUUCUGAAAGCUUAGAGAUGCAAGUUUUCCUUGGCAGGAUUCUACUUUUAUCCAUAUGUCCAUGAAAGACUAGAGCUCAUUAAUUCCAAUCAGUCAUAGUA